AUCUCUUAUCAGUGCCAGGAUUCGGAGCUCUAGAUCUCAUGAAUCUCUGCUAGCCAGCCCUCCCAGCAUGCACUCUAUUGACCUCAGUGCCCCUGAUGUAGAGGUCAAGCCGCUUCACAGCAGUGUGCUAGGUCAGGGCCACUGCUUCCACGUGUCCACAUCCCAAGGGAGCAAAUACAUUUCCUGCACAACAUCGGAGGAGAGGGACAAGUGGAUUUCCAGUCUGCGGCGAACAAUCCGACCUCAUGAAGAGCACUCCAAGCGGUCUGACAGUUCACUGAAAUUAUGGAUACUAGAAGCUAAGAAUGUGGCCACCAAGAAAAGAUAUUUCUGUGAUAUUCUUUUGGACCGAACCUUGUACGCCCAAACCUCGCUGAAGAUGAUGACAGACAUGUUAUUCUGGGGAGAGCAUUUUGAGUUUAAAAAUUUGCCGGUUGUGGAGAUCAUCACUGUCAAUUUGUACAGAGAAGCAGACAAGAAGAAGAAGAAAGAUAAAAACACAUUAGUUGGUUAUGUGAACUUGUUGCUAUCUGACUUUGAGAACCGGCAGCUGGUUGAAAAAUGGAUCACAUGCAACUCAGGCACUGUUGGGAAAGCAGGCAAAGAAACCAAGAAUGACUUGCCCAUCAUUCGCUUGAAGGCCCGGAGACAAACUGUCGAUAUUCUACCUCUUGAAGCAUAUCAGUCUUUCAUUAAGUACUUAAGUAAUGACUACAAGAAGUUGUGCCAAAUGUUGGAGCCGCUGCUGACUGUGAGAGAGAAGGAGGACUUUGCCACAUGCCUUGUUCAUGUGCUCCAGAAACAAGGGAAAGCCUGUGAAUUCCUGUCUGAUAUUGUCAUAGAGGAAAUUUCUCAGUUAGACAAUGAGCAUUUAACCUUCAGAGGCAACAGUAUAGCAACAAAGGCAAUGGAGGCUUACAUGAAACUUGUUGGCGAGAAAUAUCUUCAAGACACCUUGGGUGAGUUCAUCAGGCAACUCGUCCAGUCCCCUGAUGAUUGUGAAGUUGAUCCCACAAAAGUUUCAACGCCACAGCUGCUGAACUGCCAACAAAAGAACCUUGACAUGUACUCAAACAUGGCCUGGGUCAAAGUCAUCAACUCAUUUUGCUACUUUCCCAAUGAGCUCCGGGAAGUGUUUGCUAGCUUCCGCAGUCGUUGCAAUGACAAGGGCAAGGGAGACUACAGUGAUAACCUAAUCAGUGGUUGCAUAUUCUUGAGAUUCCUCUGUCCAGCUAUUCUAUAUCCAAGUUUGUUCAAUAUCACACAGGAGUACCCCAAUGAAAGAGCAUCUCGGAAUCUAACAUUGAUUGCCAAGACAAUCCAGACUCUUGCUAACUUUACCCAGUUUGGAGGCAAAGAAGAGUUUAUGACCUUCAUGAAUACAUUUGUGGAGAGAGAGGCCCCCAGCAUGAAGUCUUUCUUACACAAGAUUUCUAGUCCUGAUGCAGGCAACCAGUUCCUGGAGUUUGAUGGAUACAUAGAUCUUGGCAAGGAGCUGUCUGUUCUUCAUGCUCUGCUGCUAGAGUGCACAGAGAAGUACUCAGAGUCAUCCAUUGCUCCCCUGAAGAAGCUAUCCCAGCUGUCCAGUUCCAGCAGCAAUGACAGUUUAAAUGAGCAGUUGGUGUCCAGUGUUAGCAGUUCCUCCCACAGUUCUCACUCAUCAAAUGUUGUCCACUCAACUUCAGCCAGCUUCAUCUCUACUUCUUCCACAAGGACCACGGCUUCCGUGAUGCCUUUCCUGGCUAACAGUGCAGUGAAUGGCUGUAGUACAUUCCCUCGUCGACACCGAGGGCAGCAGGGACAAACAAACAGAGAUGCUAGCCCAUCACAGCCACAGAUGGAGACUAUGAGCACCUCAUCGGUUGUGAUUGACAGUUCGAGUCCCAUGUCCCAUCACUGUCCCAGUGUUCAGAGGCAGAUGUCGACCCCUGGUCACAGAAAUGCAGGCAGUGGUAUUCUUGAUACACAACAGCCAACAAGACCUUUUCCAAAACGAGCUGGGUUGACAACUAACCAGACAGGUCAUCUUCAGUUACGCAACUUUCAUGCUGUGAAACAUACUGCUGGGCCCUCAUUAUCAGAUGUAGAUAAUUUUGCCCAGCGAAGUAACUCUAGCAGUCAGCAUAGUUUAUCAACCAGUCCCAUGAUUACAUCUAGAGGCUUCAGUACUGCCGGUAGCAGUGCAGCAUCAUCUACCUAUUCAAGUCCUGCAACUCAGCACAGACUUGAUAAGUCUAGCCUCCUGGGGAGUCCAGCAAACUUUAAAAUAAAUGGCAACACAGUCACAAGCACGACCACAGGUGUAGCUGCUGCAUCAUUAGUCAGCUGUAAAGGGGUGACACACAAGCCUCCAACAGCAACCACCAUAUCCACAGGCUGGCAGAUUGCCCAUCAUAUGGAGAGGUCCAGUUCCUCACAGGAAACUAGCAGUAGCAGUGAGUCAUCUCCACAGAGUUUGGUUCGCUCCAAUCAGCACAGCACAUCCAGCAUGCAUGAAUCCAGUAGUGCUCACAGCAUCAGCUCGGCUUACUCACCCUUACAACCCUGGGGUUACACACCCUCCCACAGCGACUCCAACAGCUCUGUAAAUAGCCUCACUAAGAUGCACCAAAGAGCACCAGCCCGCAGUGACUCUAGUGGAUCUUUGGGUGGUGUCAAUAACUCUAGAAUUUCACAAACUCCUAGUGAUUCUAACAGUUCGGUCAGCAGUGGCAACAAUAAUGUUGCUGGAUUAUCAAAUUCAAGCCAGUUGGACAAUAGAGGUCUCUUCCACAAUCACCCUAAUCCAGCCAGUUUUAAUGCAAGACUGUCUAGCAUCAGUGACAGCCAAAUAAACACACUGUCUCUUCAAACCAACCCCCUGCCCCAACCGCCAGCAUUCUUGACCACCAAGUACGCUGUGGUACACCCCAACCCGGCAGGCAGUCCUCGUGCGGAACGAGUCACUUCUUACCACUCCAACCCUGAAUGCACAAACUCUAGUUCCAAUAUUUCUGGCUCUUACACAGCAUCUCGUAGCAUGGACCUGGGCUACCUCAGCAAACCCAAAGAUGACACUAUCAAAAGAGCUGCUACUGAGUCCUUUCUCAGCCCACCUGCAGAUGGUCUGUCACCCACAGGGUCUGACCCCAGCUGGCCUUUGAUCUGUGAUGACGGUUGGCAGCCAGGCUCUCCCAACAUCAACAGUGCAUCUAAUCGCAGACUGUCUCAGCAAUCUACUGUGCACAUGGGCAUUAGCUCAGUGCAGAGGAAACUGCAGGAGCAAGAGAGAGCAAAACAAGAAUACGAGCAAGAAGUGCAUGUACUACGGCAGCAGCUGCUGGAAGCACAGGAGAGACUGCACCAGGCAGAGCUGAGGCUGUUGGACCAUGAGAUGGAGACACACAAGCUGAUGGAUGAGUGGCAGUACAGACUUGUGGAGUCUGAAGAAAAGAUGAGACGACAGCAGGAAGAGAAAGAUGAGCAGAUGAAAUCAGUGUUAUCAAGGCUUCAGUUGAUAGAAGAGGAGCUCAAAAAGGAACAGGCUGAAAUGGCCAGUGCCGUAGAGCACAGGCAACAAGUUAUAGAGGUCCAGGAACAAAGGAUACGCAAGCUUGACCAGGCAAACAACAAACUGCUGCAGGACCUUGCUGACCUCAAGGGCAGGGCUCUGAGAGCUGCUGCAGCAGAUGAGAACAGCAACUCUUCACUGUGCAAUGGCAUUCUGGGAAGUGCUGAAAUU